GGACAGACUGUCCUGUAAAUCUCAACGCAGUUUUCAGCACUUUGAUUUUCCAUCACGCUGUUGUCCUCCUUCUCCUGACAAACUCGCUUGGAGGUCAGUCUCAGGUGAUUGGUCAACCUCAGACAAUAGUGGCAAUGGUCGGUGAUGACAUCACUUUGCCAUGCCAUGUGAGACCUGCCACGGAUGCCGUUAACGAGAUGCUGGAGUGGACGAGACCUGACCUGAACCCCAGAUUUGUCUAUUUGAGGCGGUUUGGUAAAGACCAUCUGGUGGAUCAAAACCCAUCCUACAAGGGGAGGACAUCAGUGUCCACUGACGGACUGAAACAGGGAGACAUUUCCCUGAAACUCUCCAAAGUGAAACUCUUUGAUGAGGGAACAUACAGAUGCUUCAUUCCACGAUUAAAUACACAAUCUAGUGUUCAGCUUGUUGUUGGCGCUGUCAUUGAGAUGACCAAAGUCAGCAGUGGAGUGUUACAGUGUGAGUCUGCAGGCUGGUAUCCAGAGCCUGAGGUGCUCUGGCUGGACGGUGAGGGAAAACUCAUCUCUGCUGGACCUACAGAGACAGUCAGAGGUCCUGAUGACCUCUAUACUGUCAGCAGCAGAGUGACUGUGGAGAAGAGACACGGCAACAGCUUCACCUGUAGAGUCCAACAGCAGAACAUCAACCAGACCAGAGAGACACACAUCCAUGUUCCAGAUGAUUUCUUCACAGACUCAUCUACGUCACCUGAUUUUUCCAUCAUCGGUUUGGUUGUUGGCAUUCUGUUCAUUCUUGCGGUUGCCUUUUUUGUAUGGAAAUGGAGACAAAACGGAAUCAACAAUAAGAAGCACCAUGAGGAUGAAGAAACACAGGGAGGAGGAGAGAAGAAGAGCACCUCUAUGAGUAAUGAUUCAGAACACACGUUACUGAUAGAAAAAGAAACAGAGAGAGAAACUCACAGCAGAAAGACAAACAAGAAUCAGAAUAAGGUGGAAGAGGAAAUUAAAACUGAAUGUUUAAGUGAAGAAACAGGACGUUCAUGUGAAACAGAGGAGGAAACACAGCAAGAGAAGCUCAGGACAGAAGGAGAAACUGAGUCUGAGUUUGUGAUGGAGAACAGAAGACAGCAACAUGAAGUCCAGACAGGAGGAAAGACAAUGAAUGAGUUAGACAACAGAGCGCAAGAGACCAAAACAGUAAGUGAAGAAACACAAGCUCCAGAUCUAACAGACAGAGAAACACAGCAUGAACAACCAGAGGAUAAUGUGGACAGGAGAAACAAAGCGGAGGAAACACAGUCUGUAAAUACUGAAACAGAAGGUCAGGGUUUGAAGGAUGGAGGAGGACGACAACAGCUGGUCACUGGAAGAAGAGACGCAAAGAUGGAUCUUGACAAGGAAGAUGAAGAGAAAUUAGAAUCUACAAAUAAUGAAACAGCAGGUCAGGGUGCAACUGAGGGAGAAAAACAAAAUGAGACGCAGGCAGGAAGAGCGCUAAAAACUGGGGAAGAGACCAACGUGGCGAGUAAUCAAACAGAAAGUCAGAAACAGAAAGACAGAAACACACAUAGAAAACAAGAAACACAAGAAAAUGAUCUCCUAGGAGGGACAAAGAAUGAUUGUGAGAAGAAAGAAGUGGCUGAGACCGAAUUAAUGAUUAAUGAAAAAAACACUCCAUGUCCACCAGAGGGACACCUAGUAAAGGGUAACACAAGACCAGUGGAUGAACAAACAGAUCAGCUCCCAGAAGCAGAAGAACAGAAUGUUUUGAACAAGAGAGAAGAAGGCGAGGAAACAGAAUCUCCAAAUAAUGACACAGAAGGUCAGGGUCCAGUUGCAGGAGAGAAACCAGAAGAUGAACUCCAGGCAGAAGGAGAAAUCAAAUCUGAGGAAGAGACCAACUGGAUGAGUGACGAAACAGAACGUCCAGGUCCACAAAAGACAGAAACACUCACUGAGCAGCAAACUGAAGAAGAGCCAGAGAAGAGUCCUGACGGUACAGAUGGAGAGGAGGAUGAGACAUCCACAAAGGAAGACACAAGAACGCAGUCUGGUCACGUAAAGAGUGAUGUGGAGAAUACUGAAGAGAGAAAGAAAACAAGACUUCAGUAAUAAUAUUUCUUUGCAUUUUUCAUUGAUAAGAAUUCACAAAUCUGUCCUGUUCUUUAUUUCAUGUGUUCCAUAUUGGGUCAUAUCUUUUUAUACACUAUUUCUUCUGUAUAUGUAUGUGAAUGAACAGGCUCCAC